CCAACGCCGCCGCCAAAAGUGAUGUCGAAACGGGCUAGCGAAGCGAGUUAUCGCUGACGUUACUUGCCGGUCAUGAUAAGCUUGACGCUGUAUUCAUGACGUUGUGCUACAUUUAUAGACGAACAACAUAUCGUGGCUCUGUGAUAAGAUAUCGUGGCUUGUGUGGAGCGAAUAUAACAAAAUGCCUCUUCAAACACAGUGGAGAAGAGUGAGUAGGGAAGGUGGUGACACUCACCAGAUAAGCCGAGCAACUAUACAACGUUACUGACAAAGGUGCUGUCAAAAAUGAGGUACAAGCCAUUCUUCUUGGGCAUUAUAUUGACCUCACUGACAUGGGCAGUUGUGCUGUACCUGUACUUUGAGUCUUAUCAAGUUGGCUGGCCCACUGUAGACCCUGGAGUCCACCGUUGGAAGUUACGACCUAGACGCAACGGCGUCAGGAGUCAGCCUUUUCUUGGUCACGAUGUCCGUGUCUUCGAAGGUAAUCUCACAUCGGGCAAAGGCGGCGGUCGUCUGCUACCGAAGCACAUCGACGUGAGCCUCAAUGAGAUCAAGGGCAUCUCGGACGUCGCGCAGCUUGGUGUGAUACGCUCUCCAGAAGAUCAGGAGGUGAAGGUUACAGGUUACCACAAUCACGCCUUCAAUGUCCUUAUCAGCAACAGGAUAGGGUUCCACAGGAAGAUACCAGAUACAAGAAAUGAGUUAUGUAGAAAACAGAGCUACCCUUCGGAACUGCCGCAAGCGAGCGUCAUCAUCUGCUUCUUUAAUGAGGCUUGGUCCGCACUGCUUCGUACUGUCCACAGUGUGCUCGAUCGAACGCCACCCAACUUGUUAAAGGAGAUCAUAUUAGUGGACGACAACAGCACUUUCGACGACCUCGGAGAAAAGCUACCCUUGUACGUUCAACAGAACCUGCCCGAGAAGGUCGUCGUCGUCAGGACUCGUGACAGAGAAGGCCUAAUCAGGGCGAGGAUGUUCGGAGCCAAGCAUGCAACUGCAGAGGUACUGGUGUUCCUGGACAGUCACUGUGAAGUGAACGAGGUCUGGUUGGAACCCCUGCUGCACCGCAUCAUGCUCAACCGGACCACCGUGACCUGCCCGAUCAUCGACAUCAUUAACGCGGACACCUUUCAGUACUCCCCCUCCCCCAUCGUGCGCGGAGGGUUCAACUGGGGCCUCCACUUUAGAUGGGAUGCCUUGCCGGCCUCCCUCCAGCACAACGGGCCAAACGUGAUCAACCCCAUACCGUCUCCCACGAUGGCCGGCGGAUUGUUUGCCAUGAACCGAAAGUUUUUUCACAAGCUGGGCGAUUACGACGACGGUAUGGACAUCUGGGGCGGCGAAAACCUCGAGAUGUCGUUCAGAAUCUGGAUGUGCGGAGGUCAGCUGGAGAUAAUUCCGUGUUCCCGGGUCGGACACAUUUUCAGGAGGCGCCGCCCGUACGGUUCACCCACGGGCGAAGACACUCUUACCAAGAACUCGCUGCGUGUUGCCCACGUAUGGAUGGAUGAGUAUAAGGCUUACUACUUCCAAACACGUUCCGAAGUCAUCAACAGGCCUUAUGGAGACAUAACGACGAGACUAGCCCUGCGCAAGAAACUGAGGUGCAAAUCGUUUGACUGGUACAUGAAGAACGUGUAUCCCGAACUCCAGCCUCCGAGCAAGCCCAAUAAAAAGCACAAAAGUAGAGGCCCAAACUUCCAAAGCCUUGCCAGUUUCAAGAGGAAAAUGCCGGCAACUGUGGGAAAAUUCCAAAUACAGCUAUCUGGAACGGACCUCUGUCUCGAGUCUGAAGAUGGUGUGACAACAAAGGGGUCUGUCCUGCUGCUGCAGAAGUGCGUUCUCAUUAAGCGUCAGCUCUGGUACGAGACUGAGAAGCACGACUUGCGUCUCGCGGAACUCCUCUGCCUCGACGGAGGUGACCAGUAUCCGCGCUUAGCAAAGUGCCACGAAAUGGGUGGAUCCCAGGACUGGAGGCACUCCAGCAAUAAGAACUCCGCUCUCUACAACCUGGCAGCUGGCCUGUGCCUCGGUGCCAAGGAAAGCAAGGCUGGACAGUACGCUUCCAUGGAGAUGUGCGACAGCCCCAGAGCACUCCGGUGGGACUUCAAGGUGGUCGCUGUUUAGAUUUGACGAGGAAAGCGGUGACCAGUACGAAUGACCUCGAAAGCGACAGGAAUUGCUGCAAGCGGGCGCGACUCAAGGAGCUGCGGAACUUUGUAGCAUUGCCACACGGUGAUAUGUAUAAUAUAUGUAGCGCACUUCGAACAAGGCGAGUUAGUCGAUGCACCAGUAGUCCGAGCGUAAUAUAUGUAUGAUAUUCUGCUGAAUGCCAGAGAAAGUCAGUGCUGAAAUUCACACUCGUCUCGCAAAUGGAGCCGAAGGCCACUUCCAUGAAAGAGAUGAGUGCUUCUACUGUGCCACACGUGAUAGGACUUCUGGGUAGGUGUGCGUUAACCACCCAUAGUAUUGUCGGUACUGCUCACUCAAUUGCCCUUGCAUCCCAACUGCCUAUGAAUUAAUGAGUAUGAAAUACGAAUAUUAAUGGAUAUGAAGGACGGGCACUCUUUAGAGUGGAAUACCAAUGAGCAAUGAAGUAAAUCUUGUAUUACGGUCACGUAGCAAGUUGCAUUGCAGUCAUUCAGCAAAAUACACCGGAACAUUGUAGACAUUUGUCAUCCGCAAGGUAUUAUACCUUAUUCACUACCUAAGCACUUCUUUCUGAAACCGGUUCAACUGCACUGGUAAUGUACGUUGGCUGAUAUACCUCAUGCUGUGUCACGGGGUUUUCACGCAGUUAUGAGUGUUGUGAAUAGGGAACUUAUUGAUGUUGAAGUCCAGCAUAUUGUCCUCUUGGAUUGCGUACUCAUUUUGGCUGUACAUAUUUAUUUUGCAAGCUUCGCACAUUUUGGAGUACAUAUACAGCACAGUGGAGCAGAAGCAUGAGGUCGGCACCGAUGAUAUUUUGAAUAGAGAUUGUUCGAAGUGUUGGCUGACCUUGGGCUUCUGCUCAGUGGUGUAUCCAGAAUCUCUAGCAUGGGGGCGGCAGUGGGGUUGUAACAGCAUUAUUUGUCCUAUCCGACAUGUGUCUAAAGAUGAUACAUUUUGGGUGAAUGUAGGGAGGGGGGGGGGGGUGAAUAAAUCAGUGCUUCUGCAUGAAUGUACUUUCACUGGAUUACUUGAUUUUUCACUAUUCGAUGUAAAGUACAGUGAAUUUGUGAGCCUGAAUUGCAGUUGGUUUAGGCUGAUGUGUCCUGAUGAUCAAUGUCAAUGGUGAUUUAGCAAUGUCUCCUUUACAUUUGAAAUACCGUGUAGAUUAUCGUAAAAUAUUGCAGCGAGUUAGCCGUCAAUACACCAGCCGAAACCUGGCCAGCACUGGCUGCCUUAUUUUAACAUUUCAACGUUUUUGGGUCAUCAACAAAGAAGACAGUUGGGCCAGUUCUUUGGUGUUGGGGAGGGGGGGCUUUGUGUUUCUUUGCCAGUGUUCCAAUCUCAGCCUGGUUACUUCCCAUGCAUUUCUUCGUGUGGUUGUGGGGACAAUACCGUCAUGCCAAAUGAACAAGAAGGAACUCUGACAGUUUUCACGUUGCUUAUUCCUUCUGUCUACUUUGAGAUAUUGUAAGUAAAAACCUAUGCACCUGUCUGUCUAGGAAAAAUCUGAGGAGAUGGAUGUUUGACUUCCUGCUUCGACACAAACACACACUCCACAGUGGCACCACCACUCCUUGCACAUUCCCUUGUGUUUCCCAGUCAUGUCUCUUGUACCCCUCUGUUCUUGCUCACUACAAGCCGUCGCACAUGCGGUGAGAAUGUGAAUUGAAUGGUUCUCUGCAAUAAUUGUGUUAAACUAAUUGAUAUCGUUUUCAACAGACGUAUUUCAAUCGGUAAAUACAUAGCAUGCCUUACAUGCAAAAAAGCUUGUGGGCUGCUGCAUUGAAAAAAAUUGUGCAGGAAACUCCAGUUUGACGAAAUGCAUAGUAGCUGCUGACACUCAUGACAGAGAUCACAAUGGCAAAUGAUAUGGAUAAUUCUAUCACUUAUGGUUAUACAUAAUCAAUCACAAACACGCUCAAGCAAAGUCUCUGCUUCAAGUACCACUACUGCACUAUGUACUAAUGAUGUAUGCGGACUCCUGGAAGUACGGCAUUUGUGCCAUUCCUCAAAAUACUCUCCUCAGCAGUGUGCCAUCGUUACUCAGGGAGGGUGUUACCCACUUGUUAAACAAAAUUGGGUAUAUUUUUUUAUAAAUUUUUAUGACUAAAAAAUAUUUCUUUUCCCUAUACGUUACCUCCGAAGCGGAUUUUCACUUACAUCAUUAUUGCAGAGAGCCGUUCAACAGACAGUGGAAACCAGGAGAAACAUGGGGUCAUAAAACCUUGAGGCUGUAAGCCCUCGCAAACAAUGGCAUCCCCGUGCAUAGUAUACAACCAACAACAACAACAACAACAAUUGUAACAUGGCACAACCAUAAUAAUGAGGUCAUUAAAAGUGUGGCGUUGUUGAUGUCCACCUUUUUUGCUCUUUCUCUUGGAUGCUCCAAUACUAGGCACACUUCAAUACAUAUCUGUUCAGUGCAGGUCACAGAAGAACUACAGAAGUGUAUCCCGUUACUAAAAAUGCGCAUUACUAAGUAACCGUGUUAUGCAAUAUAACUUAAGGUAGCUUGAUAUGAUGUGACACAGAAAAUAUGUAUGCAUGAUGCAGGAUAUAGUCGACGUGUUCCCACAAUGCAGUUCUGCCCGUAUGUGUUGCUGAAGCAUGCCGUGGUGGCAGUGUGAAAUGUUACACGUCUCAGUAUUAAGGAUGACGAAAAGUGUUCUUAAAGCAUUUCAAAGAGGGUGCACAUACCUCUACACACUCAACUUGGCAGAAGGAGAAUUCUCCUGUACGCAGCACGCAAUGUCUUCCAUGUGUACAUGCUGUUGUCGAUCUUCGUCAUAAAUAAAAAGAUAUGGUUCUGUGA